AUGCCAGGAAAACGAAAGCUGACUGUUGCAGAAAAACAUCAAAAAUUAGUAAAUGAAAACCUCCUCAAAAAAAUACAAAACCAGGAGCAAAUAAAGCUGGGGGAACUAGGCAAAUUACAGAAGGUGAUGUUGGCAAAUGAAGAACGCAUUGCACGGAAAAGAAUCCUCCGUUUACAACAGGAUGAACAAUUUGAAUUAGAUAUGGAAGAGGCUAUUCAAAAGGAAGAAGAAAACAAAAGGAUAAAGGCAAUGCAAAUGGAACAAGAACAAAAAUUGGCUACAGAGUUGGCAAAACUAAAGAAUGAAUGCCUAAAGGAUGAAAAAAUGAGGCAACAAAUAAGAGAAAACAGUCUUGAACUUCGAGAAUUGGAGAAAAAAUUGAAAGCUGCUUACAUGAAUAAAGAAAGAGCUGCACAAAUUGUUGAAAAAGAAGCCAUCAACUAUGAGCAGAUAAAACGUGAAUCUGAAAUAGCCCAUCUUAUGAAAGAAGAAGAGGAAAGAUUCCAUAAGGAAAAGAACGAAGAAGAAAUUAGGCGUUAUAAGGAGAAAAUUAAGUACCAGCAGGCACUCGAGAAACAGCUUGAAGAGCAAGAGAAGAAGAAGCAAGAAGCUUAUGAAGAAUUCCUUCACGAAAAAUUCAUGAUAAAUGAAAUUGUUAGAAAAGUCUAUGAAGAAGACAAAAUGGAAAAACAACAACAAUUAGAAAAAAUGGUUGCAACUCAUAAGUAUAUAGAAAAGUUUAAAGAAGAGCAAGCUCAGUGGCGAAUGAAGAAGCGUGAAGAAAUGGAGGAAGAAAACAGGAAAAUCUUAGAAUAUGCCAAACUCCAGAAGCAGAGAGAAGAAGAGCGGAUGGCUCAAGCCCUAGAGCUAGAGGAAAAAAGGCAGCAGUACAAGAAUUUGAUUGCCCAGCAUUUGCAGAAAAUACAGCAGGAGCAUGUUGAUAUAGAACAAAUGAGACUAGAUUUAUAUGAGGUAGAACAAGCUGAGUUAGAUAAGAAAAAAAGCAAGGAAGAAAUGGAAAACAAAAUCAAAAGGCGUCAACAGCAACAAAGAGAUUUUGCAGAACAAAUGGCUUUCAAAGAAUUGGUUCUUCAAGCUACUAGGGAACAAGAAGAAAUCUUCAGACAAAACAUGCUGGCUAAAUUUGCUGAGGAUGAUCGAAUUGAAUUAAUGAAUGCUCAUAAACAAAGAAUGAAGCAGUAUGAACACAGGAAAGCUAUAGAAAAACUUAUUCAAGAACGGCAUGAACAGUUCCUUGCAGACAAAGAACGUGAAUUUGAAGAAUUUAGGUUACAACAACAAAGAGAAGGACAUAUUAAUGCAAUUGUUGAAGAAGAACGACAAAAACUUCUCAAAAAGCAUGCUUCACAACUACUGGGCUAUCUUCCCAAAGGAGUAAUUAAACAUGAGGAAGACGUUGAUCUGCUUGGUGAAGCAUUCAGGAAAGCUUAUCUGAAAAGCGACCCACAGUGAGAGGAGAAAGAAUGCCAUCAAGAACUGGAUUGCUUUCCGUCACCACUAGAUGUCAGCCUGACUUCUGUAUCAGUUUUGACUGGUCAUUCAUUGUCUUGGUAAAAGAAUCCUUUCUACUUUGGGAUUUUUUAAAACCAUCAUAAUAUCUGA